AUGAAUUCUUAUAGCAAUAAGCUGUAGAACUACUCUUCUCAGACAGCGCUGCAUAAGAGGUACCAAUCCCCAAAUUCUACCAACACAAACAACUACUUCCUUUCAGCGAAUAGCAAGCAGAGUCAAUCUAAGGGUUCUCAGCAAAAUGCUUAUUAGGGUUAAUAGUAAUUAGCAAGCAAUUCUUCAGCACAGCAUGGAUAGGGCUAAGUUUAAAAUGGCUAGAGCUCUUAAUAGUCUCACUUGAUGGUUAAUGCCGUCAAUUCUCCUUCAUCUUCCUUGUAGAAUCAAUAGCAGACCAUGCAAGGAUUAUAAAGCUAUACCAAUACUCAUAACAUUAACAAUAAUCACCCUAGUAACAACAUAUAGCAAUAAGCAGUUCAUUUAUACACAAACCAAGUUUCUGCUGCACAAUUUAGUCAGCAACCAUAGCAGUCAUAGCAAAUUUAAUCUUCAAACCAAGCAGCUACGAUGAAUGGCCACCAAAAUAUUUAGCAAAGUAAGCCAAGCUCAGCUCAGAAACACAAUUCGAAUAGCUUAACUAAUAACUAAGCUUAAUCUUCUACAUCUUCUUACUCAAAUAUCCAAUCAAGGUUGAAGCAAACCAAACACAAGUCACAAAAUAAUUUUACUAAUACAAGCAAUAGCUUUAAUUAGUCUUCUUAAAUUCCCUUUGGAACAUCUGGUAAUAACCAUUAAUCUAGUCUUAGCCACAAUUAAUAUGGGACAACAGCAACAUCAUCUUCUUUGAGUAACUAAAAUAAAAUAGGAGACAAGCACAAACAGAUGUUGGUUUAAUCGUAGUAGUUUAGACACAGCACAAAUUCAGCUUUACUUAGAGAUAGCGAGUUAAAGCAUACUUCAUCAAACGCUCCAUACAUUCCCAGUUCUGCUAGAGUUAAAACAGAUUAUUCGAUUGAGCGCAAAGGAACAUCAGACCUUCUUUUAAGUAAUUCCAGUCAUCAAAAUCAUAGCAAAUAAAAUGCCUUGACAAGUCAAUUACAUAGCAAUAGCAAUACAAGUGCAAACGGAAUUACCAAUCUUUACAAUUAAACUAUGGCAGCAGCUUAAAGCAGUUUAAAUCAUGCCAACUAGCAAAAUUCUUCACAAGCUGCUUAAGUUUAAUCAAACUAGUAUUUAGAUAAUUACAACAGUCAAAAUAACUUCUAACAGCAAUAGUAAAAUUAACAGCAACUACAACAACAGCUUUAACAAAAUUCUCAAAAUCUGAAUAACUAUAGAAUGAUUUUAAAGAAGCACAAGUCCCAGCAAAUGAAUGAAGUAUUAAAAACAGAUCCGAAUGUUGGAGACUACCAUGCAAAUUUAACAGUUUUUAUUCAUUAUAAAGGCAAAAGAAUAGGUCCAAUCAGUUUAAAUGCAAUAGGCGGAAAUGUUGAGUGGCUAACUAAGCAGCUCAUCAAUGAAAUUUUGAUGUACGAGUAAAUUUAAAUGCCCACAAAUAGAGAUAGCAAUAACGAAUCACUUGACAAUGAUAAUAUUCUCCAUUUCUAAUCUUAUUAACAUAGAAAUAUUUCCUUAUCAUAUUAUCUCACUCUUCCUGAAAGACCUUUAGACCCUCUAUUCAAUAAAUCACUAAUACUUGAGCCUUUCUACGGCGAAACUUCAGUCACAAACAGUGCUUCUUCCUCAUUUAAUCCAUCAAUUCUAGCCUAUUAGUCAACAUCACAAACAGAUAAAAGUCAACAACCAUACCAAGUUUCAUUAAAAGAUUUUCAUUUUAUUAAGUGCGUAGGAAUGGGAGGAUUCUCGCGUGUUUAUUUAGUAUAAAAGAAAGACAAUGGAAAAAUGUAUGCAUUAAAGUUGAUUGAAAAAAAAUUCAUAUUGACCAACAAAAAGGAACAAAUUGUUCAAAAUGAAAGAAACAUUAUGACUAUGAUGUAAGGACAUCCCUUCCUAUUGCAAUUAGAUUAUGCAUUUGAAUCUAAAAAUUAUAUAGCUUUUGCAAUGGAGUACUGUGCUGGAGGAGAAAUGUUCUAUCACUUAAGAAAAAUUAAAAAAAUGACCGAAGAAUAAGCUAGAUUUUAUUUUAUAGAAAUUUGUUUGGGAAUAGACUAUCUUCAUGACAGACACAUCAUUUAUAGAGAUAUAAAGCCAGAGAAUAUUCUCCUUGAUAUCGAUGGCCAUAUUAGAAUUGGAGAUUUUGGGUUGUCAAAACCAGACAUGGAUGAUAACGAGUUUGCCUACUCUUUCUGUGGAUCACCAGAAUACAUGGCUCCUGAAAUGCUUUUAAAAGUUGGACAUGCAUAUCCAGUUGACCACUACACUCUUGGAGCUCUUUUGUAUGAGUUAGUAACAGGACUUCCUCCUUUUUAUUCUUAAAUUACUGAGGAGAUUUAUAAGAGCAUCUUAAGUGAAGAUCUUACUUUUCCUGAUCACGUAAAUCUUUCUUCUGAACUAAAGAAUUUGCUUAGAGGUUUGUUGACGAAACAUCCUCUUUAGAGACUCGGAUAGAAUAUGGGAACAAAAGAGAUUUUGAGUCAUCCUUGGUGCAGGAAAAUAAACUUGGCUGACAUAAUUUACAAGAGAAUAGAACCUCCAGUGAAGAUUGAUGUUAUGGGUUUUAAUUUUGACGAGGAGGAAUUUUCUAAAGGUGAAAAUGAAUUCAAGCAAAAGUUAAUGGUAAGUUAUUAUGCCAAUAAUGAUUUCGAUCCUAUUUUUGAGAAUUUCUACUAUGAAUCGCCUGCAGUUUAGCAAGCUCAAAAGAUUAGAUAGGAAUAAUAAAUGAAGAACAAGCUUUAGAAUUAACAGUAAAGUUAAAGUAAGCCAAUUUAAAUACCUGCAAGUGGUUCAUUUUAACAAAAGGGCAGCUAAUAAGAUAAACAAAAAACAGAUAUGAGUUUAACUUAGAGUUAAUCGCUUCGUAUUUCACAUUAAAAUAUCCCUACUUCUAAGGAAAUUGUAAGUGGACUUAGUGUCAACAAUCAACAGAAGAAUAUCAAUAAUAUUAUUCAUGAUUAAAAUCAAUCAGAAAAUUCAAAUAAUUCAAAGAAAAACCAGGGAUUGCUUCAAUCUUAGCAGUUCUCUCAAGGAAAUUCGUUAUUAAAUUCAAUGUCAUCUCCUAAUGCAAAGAUGCUUUAAUCUUAUCAAUUCAAUAAAGCAAGCCAUUCAAAAAAUGAAAGUAUUUAGGAUUCUUUGCAACAAUAGCCUUUGGUUUAAGGUAAUAUGCAAAAGUCACAUUAAAUUUUAUCGAAUACAGACAGAACAAGCAAUAUUUCUCAAACUCAGUUUGAUUAAAAGGAGAACAAAAAUAGUUUGAAAGAUGUCAUGCAAAAAACAAUCACUUAACCAGACGAAUCAACAACCAAAAAAUUAAAAGAAGAAAAAUAAAACUUUUUAUCUGUAAAUAAGCAACAAACAGGAGAAAAGAGCUAAUCUAGCAAUUUAAUUGGCAGUCAUAACGGUCCUCUGUCUAACUAUUUGUCUCCUUCUAACAGCAAUAACUCUUAAUUAUAAUAAUAACUGCAAACUCCAAUGACAUCUUCACAAAUAAUUUAGACUCUUCAUGGCAAGAAUUCAAAAUCCCUCUAAAUUAAACAAAAGAUAUUAGCCACUCAAAAUCAACACCAAUAAGCUCAGCCUGUCUCUUCAAAUGGAAAUAUUUUAAAUCAUGUUAAAAACAGUGUUUCUCUCUCUUCAAUGCAAACUCAGCAAUCGAAUUUAGCCAGCAACUUAAAAAAUAUCAGCAACACUAACAAUAACAAUAAUUAAUCGAAUAAAAUUUAAACGAACAACUAUUUCCUCCAAAGCAGUGGAAUGCCCUAAAAUGCAAUUAACAAUAACAACAAUAACAGCGGCAUUAACAAUCUUUCAUUAAAUGUGGUUGGCAAUGCUCUAAAUGAAAUAAAUAAAAAUAAUUAAACAAUUUAAUUAGAAAGUAAUAAAACUGCUUAAAAUUAAACAAGCUAUUUGGUGCAAUAACUUCAAUAACAACCUAAAAGGUCGCAACAAAAUCAAAAUUUUAACAGUAAUAAUUAGCAUUUGAACUCCGUUUCAUCAAAUCUAAGAGUUAAAACAGAAGAAAGAGACAAAACAUUUGAAGAUUAUGACAAUAUUUAGAUUUACACUUAGCCUUCACAAUCUCACUAAUCAUCGAUUGUUAAGAAGCUUUCUUCACCUAACUAGCAAGGUCGUUCUUCAUUUAAUUUCUCAUCAAGCAGUCUUUCAUAAACAACAACAGCUUCAAAUUAAAAGAAAAAUUUUACUUACAAUCCAACACAACACUAAAAAUCAGUAACUGAAAAAACUUAGAACUCUUACACUUCAUCUGGCAUAAACAGUACGAGUAUUCCAGCAAGUGUUCAAUCUUAGUCAAAUUACAACACCUUAAAUGCAAACAAUAAUUAAUAACAACUAAAUUCAUCAAAUAACUACUUCCUUUAAACUAAUGUUUCAACAGGAAACGCCAACAUUAAUUAAUCUAGCUUAAAUAACUAAAACAAUAGCUUAAACAAUCAAAGUUACAAUCAGAAUAACAACAGCAAUGUCCUCCAAAGCACAAACUUGUCAUAUUCCAACAACCCUGUCCAUUCUAUUCUAAGCAACUACGGAGGUUUCUUCAGCAGCAGGAAUAGCCAAAAUGCACAAACAAGUAGUAACUAAAAGCAAUAAAGUGGAGUAAAGAGCAAUCAAUAUUCUUAAUUAUCACAAAGAAAUAUGAUUUCUCCUAAAUCUCAAACUGGAACCGCCCCAACAAAAAGCAACCAAAUUGGAAUGGGAAUAACCAAUAACAGCGGAUAAGGCUCCACAUCAAAGGUAUACAAUCCCUUAGGAUACUUUUGA